GAAGAAGCCCUAAAUAAGACUAAGCAAACGCAGCGAAGGUCGUUGUUGUCCUCGCACCGUCUUUGUCCAUGCUCCAAUUGUCGUAGUUCUGCUGGCGGGUGGAGAUUCCUCGCGUCGUUUGUCACUCUUGCAGGCUCAGUUGCAGGCUUCCCCCAUGGCGGACGAGGAAGCUGCAGCGCGGGCGGCUGCAGCUCACCACGCGAAACAGAAAGCUGAGGCCGGUGAACUUACCAUCUUCGACAAGAUUAUUUCGAAGGAGAUUCCUUCCAAAAUCGUCUAUGAGGAUGACGAUGUGCUCGCAUUCCGUGACGUAUCACCGCAAGGUCCCGUGCACAUUAUCCUCAUUCCCAAGGAUCGCGACGGUCUCACUCAGCUUUCCAAGGCAGAGGACCGUCACGAGAAGAUUCUCGGUCACCUUAUGGUGACGGCUGCCAAGGUCGCUCGCCAGGAGAAGCUGGACAAAGGAUUCCGUCUUGUUGUCAACGAUGGCCCGGAUGGCUGCCAGUCGGUGUAUCAUAUUCAUCUGCACCUCAUCGGAGGCCGCCAGAUGAAGUGGCCUCCCGGCUAAUUUCCGCCUCUUGGUUUCUGCAAUCUAUCUUGAGGUGAUCGAUUCUGACCCGGACCCUCCUUCUAUGCAGGGGUGCUGUGAUGCGAAAUCUCUGUUAAAAGCGCAACAUUCAUGAUCCUUCGUUUAAUAGUGUCUUCAGCAUCGAAAUGCUGCAACAACGUAUUUAGGACACCCCACACCUUCAAAUCUUUUGGGAUACUUCCCAACUCUCUCCUCUCCUAUCCGAAUUCCCACGUUCAGCAUUAUGCUCGACUGAGGAGAUCGAUGUCUUACAGCCCAUGAUUCGACUUUGUUGUAAUUGCUGGUCUAGAUAUCAUCGCCACACAUGUUGCCCGUGAGGUGGUUGUCUAGGUUGCCCAUUUCUCAAGGCUGCAGGUGGUGUUCUCAAGUCACAAUUGGAUUCACUUCUGCCCAUGGUUCGCUUUUCUGUUUCUAGACGUAAGUCAGCAUCAACUGUGGGGUAGCUUCGGGGAGUGGAGUUGUUUCUCCUCUCUGUAGGCCUUGGCACCUGCGUUUCAGAGUGCUGGUGGAGUUACGGUU